CAAGGUUAGAAUCCAAGCAACUAUGUGGAUCCUAACAGAGUUUUCUGCUGAUGAUAAAAAUGCAUUCCACAAACCAGUAACUUUAGGUAAAAAUGACGAAGAUCUGAGUAUCCAUUAUUAUUAUUUAUGUUAUUCCAAAAUUGAUUCAGCUUAUACUAAAACUUUAGAAGAAAUCUUGGAAUAUUUCGAUAUUGAUAUUGAACAUGGUUUAACUGAAAAGCAACUUCAAGAAGCAAUUGAAAAAUAUGGAAAAAAUGAACUCCCUCAAGAAGAAUCUACCCCUUUGAUAGAACUUAUUUUAGAACAAUUUAAAGAUCAGCUCGUAAUCAUCCUUUUGGUUUCUGCUGCAAUAUCUUUUGUUCUUGCCUUAUUUGAACAAGAAAAUGAACAGGGAACAGCUUUUGUUGAGCCAAUUGUCAUUCUUUUAAUUUUAAUUGCAAAUGCUACUGUUGGUGUGCUACAAGAAACUAAUGCUGAAAAGGCUAUUGAGGAAUAUUCACCUGAUGAAGCAAAAGUUUUACGUAGUGGUCAUCCCUUUAAAAUCCAUUCAUCUGAACUUGUCCCUGGUGAUAUUAUUGAUAUUGCUGUGGGUGAUAAGAUACCUGCUGAUGCUCGCUUAUUAAAGAUUAGCUCUUCCACCUUUCGUGUUGAUCAAUCUCUAUUGACUGGUGAAAAUGCUAGUGUUAACAAAGUCACUGAAACAAUCAAUGAUCCAAAUGCUGUGAAACAAGAUCAAAAAAAUAUGUUAUUUUCGGGGACUACAGUUGUGUUAGGAAAAGGCCGCGCAGUUGUAGUUCAGACAAGAUCAAGAACUGCAAUAGGAAAUAUUCACAAAAGUAUUGCAACACAAAUAUCUGAAAAAAUUCCUUUAAAACGUAAAUUGGAUGAAUUUGGUGAUUUACUUGCUAAAGUUAUAUCAGUUAUAUGUGUUCUUGUAUGGAUUAUAAACAUUCGUCAUUUCAAUGAUCCUUCACAUCAUAAUUGGAUUAAAGGUUCUAUUUAUUAUUUCAAAAUUGCUGUUGCAUUAGCUGUUGCUGCAAUACCUGAAGGAUUGGCUAUAGUUAUUACUACAUGUUUGGCUUUGGGCACCAAAAAAAUGGCAAAAAGAAAUGCUAUUGUUCGUUCUCUUCCAUCUGUAGAAACAUUAGGUUGUACCAGUAUUAUUUGUUCUGGUAAAACUGGCACUCUCACUACAAACCGUAUGAGUGUAUCAAGGAUACUUGUUGUAUUUAAUGAAUUCCGUGAAUUCCAAGAAUAUUAUAUUGAGGGUUCAAAUUAUUCACCGCAUGGUAAUAUUUUUACUUCUGAUGACAAAAUUGUUGAAUCGCCACUUCCUUUAACCAAUUCUUGUGUAAAUGAUCUGGCUCAAGUUUGUGCAUUAUGUAAUGAUUCACAUAUUUUCUAUGAUGAUGCAACUUCUACAUAUCGUAAUGUUGGUGAACCCACUGAAGCUGCUCUCAAAGUUCUUGUUGAAAAACUUGGUACUGAUAACCCUUAUUUCAAUUCUGUUCUUUUUGCUUUAUCAUCAAAAGCUCGUACAACUGCAUGUAAUGAUUAUUAUGCUACACUUGAAUUUUCACAUGAUAGAAAAUCAAUGUCUGUACUAGUACAAUCAAAAAAAAAUAAUUCUUCAUAUACAUUACUUGUAAAAGGUGCACCAGAAUCUAUACUUGACCGUUGUAAAUUUGUACGUUUAUCAUCAGUGAUUUGUCCUGCAACUUCAGAAUUAACUCCUAAAAUUAGAAAAGGAUUAAAUGAAAAAAUUUUAGAAUAUGGUAAACAAGGUUUACAUGUUUUAGCUAUUGCCAGAAUUAGUGGAUUGACAUCAUCAUCAUUGUGCGAAUAUGAUUUUAGUGAUCCUAGUACAUUUAUUCAGAUAGAACAAAACAUGACUUUUAUUGGGUUAGUUGGUAUGCUUGAUCCACCACGUCUUGAGGUUGCUAGGUCAAUAAAAAAAUGUAUAACUGCUGGCAUUCGUGUUAUUGUAAUUACCGGUGAUAAUAAAAAUACUGCUGAAGCCAUCUGCAGAAAACUUGGUAUAUUUGGUGAACAUGAAGAUUUAACAGGAAAAUCAUAUACUGGUAGAGAAUUCGAUCAAAUGUCAAACGAUGACAAAUUAUUAGUAGUAAAACAUGCUAGUUUAUUUUCAAGAACUGAACCAAUUCACAAAUCUGAACUUGUUUAUUUACUGCAAAGUCAAGGUGAAAUUGUUGCUAUGACAGGUGAUGGUGUAAAUGAUGUUCCAGCUCUCAAGAAAGCUGAUAUUGGUAUGGCAAUGGGAUCUGGAACAGAUGUUGCCAAGCUAGCUGCUGAUAUGGUUCUUGCUGAUGGUAAUUUUGCAUCUAUUGAGGGAGCUGUUGAAGAAAGUAGAUCUAUAUACAAUAACACUAAACAGUUUAUUCGCUAUUUAAUAAGUUCAAAUAUUGGUGAAGUUUUCAGUAUUUUCUUAACAGCAAUACUUGGUAUUCCAGAAGCAUUAAUUCCUGUUCAACUUCUCUGGGUAAAUCUUGUAACUGAUGGUCUUCCAGCUGUUGCACUUGGGUUUAAUCCUCCAGAUCAUGAUAUAAUGAGACGUCCACCAAGAAAUGCUCAUGAACCUAUUGUCGGAAAGUGGCUGUUCUUUCGCUAUCUUAUUGUUGGUACUUAUGUUGGUGCUGCUACGGUGUUUGCAUAUGCUUGGUGGUUUUUAUUUUAUGAAGAUGGUCCACAAAUUUCUUUUUAUCAAUUGUCUAAUUUUCACAGGUGUAAUGAAUUAUUUCCGGGAAUUGGUUGUGAAAUGUUUUCUAACAUAAUGUCUAUGCGUGCAACUACAAUGUCACUUUCUGUUUUGGUAACCAUCGAAAUGUUUAAUGCAACAAACUCUCUCAGUGAAAAUGAAAGUUUAUUAACCUUUCCGAUAUGGAGUAAUAUGUACCUUGUAUAUUCAAUUUGUCUUUCAAUGUCAUUACAUUUCAUGAUACUUUAUGUUCCAUUCUUUUCAAUGCUUUUUGCAGUUGUGCCUUUAACUUGGGCUGAAUGGCAAGCAGUCAUAUAUAUAUCAUUACCUGUUAUUUUUAUAGAUGAAAUAAUGAAAUUUUUGAGUCGUAUAUAUGUUGCUCCUCCAACAAAAAUCAAAGUUGAAUAA